UUUUAUUACUUCACACAGAUUAAUUUUCUGAGGUACGUGAGGCAGCAACCUGACUUCCUCUGAAGUGCCAUUUCCUAUGCCUUGUCUUCUGUAUGUCACGUAAAGGUGAAAAGCCUGGCUAGCAUCCACAGAAAAGUAAACUCUCUUCCUUCUCCCCGCACUGGCUCUUGAGACUCCCUGCUAACCACUACCUCACCGACCACUCUCCGCUUCCAUGACUUUAGAAUGUGUGCGAAGCACUCAGUACCAUGACUGACACCUGCUCGGUGAUCCUGAAACAGGUGUUACCAGGCAGAUGAAUUUUUACCACCUACCAUGAUGAGGAAAAGAGACGUUGCCUUCUGUCUCCUGCUUUUGCCAGCUUUUAUGAGUCAAGGAGUGCAUGGACAAAGAAAGAAAGGACCAAAGCCAAACAUACUUGCAAGAAAAAAUGACUUCCAGGAUGCCAUUUGCUUCAUAGAUGUUGUCUUUAUCUUGGAUAGUUCUGAAAGCUCUAAAAUUGUCCUCUUUGAUAGUCAGAAAAAUUUCGUGAACAGCUUGAGUGAGAAGAUUUUCCAGUUGACUCCUGGUCGUUCAUUAAAAUAUGACAUCAAGCUAGCAGCCCUUCAGUUUAGCAGCUCCGUCCAGAUUGAUCCACCCUUUUCUUCUUGGAAGGAUCUACGGACAUUUAAGCAGAGAGUCAAGUCUUUAAAUUUAAUUGGGCAAGGUACCUUUUCUUAUUAUGCCAUCUCCAAUGCCACAAGGCUCCUUAGAAGAGAAGGGCGUAAAGAUGGUGUGAAAGUGGCUUUGCUGAUGACUGAUGGAAUUGACCAUCCCAAGAGUCCAGAUGUCCAAGGUAUUUCUGAAGAUGCUAGAACUUCAGGAAUAUCAUUUAUCACCGUGGGACUUUCUACUGUGGUCAAUGAAGCCAAACUUCGUUUGAUAUCUGGGGAUUCAUCCAGUGAAACUGUCCUAUUGCUGAGUGAUCCAAUCCUUGUGGACAAAAUUCAGGAACGCCUGGAUGUCUUAUUUGAGAAGAAGUGUGAACACAAGGUCUGUGAAUGUGAGAAGGGAGAUCCAGGCGACCCAGGGCCUCCUGGUACCCAUGGAAACCCCGGUAUCAAGGGUGAGCGAGGACCAAAAGGAAAUCCGGGUGAUGCUCAGAAAGGAGAAACUGGAGAAAGAGGACCUGGGGGAAUUCCCGGGUACAAGGGUGACAAGGGUGAACGAGGAGAAUGUGGCAAACCAGGAAUCAAAGGUGACAAAGGACCCCCAGGGCCAGAUGGACCAAAGGGACCAAGAGGAAUUCAGGGCAUUGGUGGACCUCCAGGGGAUCCAGGCCCAAAGGGCUUUCAAGGAAAUAAGGGUGAGCCAGGUCCUCCUGGUCCUUAUGGUCCCCCAGGAGCCCCUGGUAUUGGACAGCAAGGUGUUAAGGGAGAAAGGGGCCAGGAAGGAAGAACAGGAGCUCCUGGACCUAUUGGAGUUGGUGAACCUGGACAGCCAGGUCCCCGAGGUCCAGAGGGAGCACCAGGAGAAAGGGGUCCACCAGGAGAAGGAUUUCCAGGACCAAAGGGUGAAAAGGGUUCUGAAGGACCAAUUGGCCCACAAGGAUUGCAAGGCCUGUCAAUCAAAGGAGAUAAGGGGGAUUUGGGACCUGUCGGACCCCAGGGACCAGUGGGUAUUCCUGGCGUUGGAAGUCAAGGCGAGCAGGGGAUCCAAGGUCUACCUGGUCCACCUGGUCCACAAGGUCCCCCAGGACAAGGCUUACCGGGUUCUAAGGGAGAAGUAGGCCAGAUGGGACCAACAGGCCCUAGAGGACCAGUGGGAAUUGGAGUCCAGGGUCCAAAGGGGGAUCCAGGUACGGUGGGGCUCCCUGGGCAGCCUGGAGUUCCAGGGGAAGAUGGAGCCUCUGGAAAGAAGGGAGAAGCUGGGCUUCCAGGAACAAGAGGCCCAGAAGGAAUGCCUGGGAGAGGAGAGCCUGGCCCCAAGGGUGAUGAAGGAAAGAAAGGGAGCAAAGGAAAUCAAGGACAGAGGGGGUUGCCAGGACCCGAAGGGCCAAAGGGAGAGCCUGGUGUCAUGGGCCCUUUUGGAAUGCCUGGAGCAUCAAUUCCUGGGCCAUCUGGGCCAAAGGGAGAUCGAGGGGGACCUGGGAUGCCUGGUCCUAAAGGAGAACCUGGACUUUCUGUUCGAGGACCAAAGGGUGCCCAGGGUCCUCGGGGACCAGUGGGAGCUCCAGGACUCAAAGGUGAUGGCUAUCCUGGUGUGGCUGGACCUCGAGGAUUGCCGGGACCCCCUGGACCAAUGGGCUUGCGUGGUGUGGGAGACACUGGAGCAAAGGGAGAGCCAGGGGUCAGAGGCCCUCCAGGUCCCUCUGGGCCUCGAGGCAUUGGAAUCCAAGGACCAAAGGGUGAUAUUGGGCAAAAAGGCUUGCCUGGCCCUCCUGGGCCCCCCGGCUAUGGCUCACAAGGAAUUAAAGGGGAGCAAGGACCUCAAGGUUUUCCAGGGUCAAAGGGCACAAUGGGCCAUGGCCUUCCUGGCCAGAAAGGAGACCAUGGAGAACAGGGUGAUGUGGGAAGGAAAGGUGAAAAGGGAGAAAUCGGAGAGCCCGGAUCUCCAGGAAAACAGGGGUUACAAGGACCAAAAGGAGACCUGGGACUUACAAAAGAAGAAAUUAUCAAACUUAUUAUUGAAAUAUGUGGUUGUGGGCCCAAAUGCAAAGAGACUCCACUGGAGUUGGUGUUUGUAAUUGACAGUUCAGAAAGUGUGGGACCAGAGAACUUUCAAAUCAUCCAAACUUUUGUGAAGACUCUGGCUGACCGGGUAGCCCUGGACCUUGCCACAGCUCGCAUAGGCAUAAUCAACUAUAGUCACAAGGUGGAGAAGGUGGCAAGCCUGAAGCAAUUCUCUAGCAAGGAUGACUUUAAGCUGGUAGUGGACAACAUGCAGUAUCUGGGUGAAGGCACCUAUACAGCCACCGCUCUCCAAGCAGCCAAUGACAUGUUCAAGGAGGCAAGGCCAGGUGUAAAGAAGGUGGCCUUGGUGAUCACUGAUGGACAGACAGAUUCCCGAGAUAAAAAGAAACUAGCAGAUGUGGUGAAGGACGCCAAUGACGCCAACGUGGAAAUGUUUGUGAUUGGCGUGGUGAAGAAAGAUGACCCCAACUUCAACAUUUUUCACAAAGAAAUGAAUCUCAUUGCUACUGACGCAGAACACGUGUAUCAGUUUGAUGACUUCUUUACCCUGCAAGAUACUCUGAAGCAAAAGUUAUCUAAAAAAAUUUGUGAGGAUUUUGACUCCUACCUCAUUCAAAUUUUUGGAUCAUCAUCCUCUCAACCUGAAUUUGGGAUGUCAGAGCGAGAGUUCAGCACAUCCACGCCAAAGCCUGCAAAGGAGAUUUCUGAGCUGUUUAAUGUCUCUAGAGGCCAGAAUGAAGAGAAUGAACCUUCCAUGACAACUGAGGCUGGCAACUUGGCUGUCUCAACUCCAACUGAGGCCACCAGUACACCAUGGCUCAGCAGCCCGGAGGGAAUGGAAACAAGAACUCCAAAUCCCAACUUGAUUUCACAGUCAGAAAAUUCUCUGUACAAAGAUCCAAGAUGCGAGGAAUCCCUGAGACCUGGGAACUGUGGAGACUAUGUCAUUCGAUGGUAUUAUGACAAAAAUGUCAACAGCUGUGCUCGCUUUUGGUUCAGUGGCUGCAACGGCUCAGGAAACAGAUUCCACAGCGAAAGGGAGUGUCGAGAAACGUGCAUCAAAGGAUGAACAAGCACAUUGACUUGCUCCAAUCAGAGGUUUAGAAAGCGCCCUGUGCAAACAGUUUGCCACACCAGAGCACACACCAAGCAGUGAUAGUUCACAAACGACGUAGGGUUCUCACAGCCACCUAGGGAGCUCAUACUGCCUGCACAGGUGAGAGGGCUAAUAAGGCUCUCAGGAUUUCAGUAGCGUGUCAGCUGCCACCACCCAGCUGAAGGGUGGAAGCAUUAGGGAUUUGGACUCAGCUGCGUGACUUUACAACCCAGUCUUUAUCUGCUUCACAAACUGCGGUGUGGUCCUGACUCCUGUUCAUUCUAGUACACAUAUAAGACAGACCAAACCCCACCCGCCUGUGACCCCGCCCUCAGCACCUGUGAGCUCUGGGAGUGGAGAAUGGUUUGCGAGGGGAAGGUCUUUGGAUGAAACGUGUAGGAAUGUCUCUGUGAGUACUGGGAUUGUGGUGGGGGAUGUUGAGUGAUAGCCCCAAGUGAUAGUAGAGAGAAAUACAUCUGAAAUAAAUGCACUAAUUGUAUGACAAAGGGACAGUUCCCCUUUCUCCCUGGUAUCAAAGUUCUCAUUGUAUGAUUAAGCUAUGUAUUGAAAUGAAGCAGGUUUUACACUUUUCCAAUGCAUUAAAAGAAUACAUGCAACGUGCCUGUUGGUUUUAAAACAGGAUGAGGCAAGCAGCAAACAUAUCACAGAAUGACCCAAAGCACUGUUUCUGGGCAAGUCCUGUGAGCCCUUCCCCCACCACUUCCUGUGUCAGAGCUAUCCUGCUUCAAACUUUGUGUUACUAUUGGCUUUUCUAUGAAAUUUUACAUGUGAAGGUACACAUAUCUCUAUGGAUUGCUAACUAAUACACGCUUAGUCUUGCAUAGUUUGAAGCUUUGUAAGAAUGAUGCUGUCUGUAUGUACUCUAGCUUUCUACAACAUAAUAUUUUUAUUUAGCUUUAUAAUCAGUCCAUGUUUUACCAUAUAUAAAUACAUUCCCAAAUAAUUUAUUACUUAGAGGUUAGAGUCUUAGAAGAGUUUUACCAAAAUAUGAACUUCUCUGUGAUUUACUUGGUAGAUGGCAUUGUUAUCCAUAUGCAUGCCUUCAUACGUAUGUCAUAAUUGUGAAAUAUUGGUGAGAAUAUAUAACAAUAUAUUUAAUCAUUGCCCUGGCUAUGGUCGAUUGAGCUGUUUCUACUUUAUUUUUUCACCAUUCCACCAGCAUUUUGAAGGUGUUUUCACAUUUGUGUUUCUGGAUACAUAUAUUCCAGGUUCCCACCCGCUGUGUAUUGAAGCUGUUGUUUGACGCGUAUUAAACAUACUGUCCUUUGAGGCUUACUGUUAUCAAAUAUUUCUUCCUUUCCUUCAACGACUAUGACUUGGUAUCUUGUUUUAACGUGGUGCUCUCAGGGGACGCCUUAGGAAGCCUCAUUACCGUCCGUGCUCUUGCUUCUGGGAGUCAGAACCACAGAAGAGUUUUUAUUAGAUUGCACUGUUUUCCUUAGUGAGUUCUUGGAGUCCUUAUAUAUUUUGAGCUCUAGUUUGCUUGGUAUUUGUGUUGCCAGAAUGGGCAUGUUUAUCAUUAGCCCUCCUUCCUGUCGGCCUCCUUCCCCCUUUUCUUCCUCUCUUUUAUUCUUUUUUUUUGUUUGAUUUCUGCUUUAAUUUGUAAUGCAGUGGCAUUUAUGCAUCUUCAUCUGUACUACUCAUCUUCUUCACCAUCUUUCCUGGAAGAAACUAUCCAGGACCAGAGUCAUUAAGUGCUGCCGUAUCCUCUACCUCCUCCCCCAAAGCCCCC